AUGGCAGCGGCGUAUCCGGUGGAGAGGGGUGCCAGCGAUGGCCAUGCGGGGAAGGGGCCGGCGCUGUCGGAGGCGGGGCAGGGGGAUGCGCGGCGGCCAGAUCUGGAGCAGCAGGGUGAUGGCCACGAGGAAGAAGGCCGUUCCAUCGUCGGGUUUUGCGGCCUGGGGAAGACCGCCCUCGCUGACGGGUUUGCGCCGCCCUCAAGGACCCGAGGGAGGUGUUGGCGGACAUGGUCUGGAAACUUAGCUCCUCCGACGCCCCAGUACAUUCUGCACACCGUGGAGGCGCAGGACAUCAAGCUGCCAUUCGAGUGCCGCCAUGGUUGCUGUACUAGCUGUGUGGUCCGAAUUAAAUCCGGGCAAAUACGACAACCUGAAGCACUUGGAAUAUCUGCUGAAUUAAGGGAGAAGGGCUAUGGUUGCUAUGUGUUGGCUACCCAUCCUCCGAUGUUGAAGUUGAGAUUCAAGAUGAAGAUGAGGCGAGCACAUUUGCUAAGCUACAUUGUGAACUGAAAAGGAAUCGAGCUGAUCGAUCUACA